AUGUUCAAUGCUGAUGCACAAAAGCUAAUUCAAGAAAUUAGGAUCAUGCAGACAGAGACAAGCCUCCUGGGAGCACCUUUCAGAGAUGAUGCUAUUUAUGCAGCACUCCAAAAGUGCAUGAUCCAACAUCCUGUUUACAAGGAGAUGGUUGCUACCAUUCACCAGGUCAGCUUUGAUGCUCUCGCCACUGCCCUAACAAUGCACCAGUCUGCAAUCGAAAGUAUUCCUGCACAAAAGGUGGACCCCCAGCAAGCAAGUGCCCAAACAGCUGGCAGCAAUGAACAGGAUGGUAAUACUGAAGUGGAUGACAACAACCUGAAGGCUAUGACCAAACCAAGGAGGAUCCACUGCUGGGUAUGCAGAUGUUACAGGCAUGGUGCCAGGAAGUGCAAUGCCUCUGUCAUCAUCCCCAAAAACUCCCCCCUUGCCAAGACCAACUAG